AUGGCGGCGAUGAACAGCAGUUAUGGCAACGGCGGUGAAAUCAUGGAGGAGAGAAGACCCAAAACGAAGAUUGUAUGCACUCUUGGACCGGCGUCUCGCUCUGUGCCGAUGGUGGAAAAGCUCCUUCGUGCAGGUAUGAACGUGGCCCGAUUCAAUUUCUCUCACGGAUCUCACGAGUACCAUCAGGAGACUCUCGACAAUCUUCGAAAGGCUAUGGAGAAUACUGGAAUCCUCUGCGCCGUCAUGCUAGACACCAAGGGUCCAGAAAUCCGAACUGGGUUUUUGAAAGAUGGUAAGCCUGUUCAGCUGAAACAGGGCCAAGAGAUCACAAUUUCCACUGAUUAUACUAUCAAGGGCGAUGAGAACACCAUCUGCAUGAGCUACAAAAAAUUAGCUGUGGAUGUAAAGCCUGGAAGUGUGAUACUGUGUGCAGAUGGCACAAUCUCAUUCAAUGUUUUGUCUUGUGACAGAGAGAAAGGAUUAGUUCGAUGCCGCUGUGAGAACACAGCAGUUCUUGGUGAGAGAAAGAAUGUAAAUCUCCCUGGGGUUAUUGUGGAUCUCCCAACUUUGACAGAGAAAGACAAGGAAGAUAUCUUAAAGUGGGGGGUUCCUAAUAAAAUAGACAUGAUUGCUCUUUCUUUUGUUCGCAAAGGUUCAGAUCUCGUGGAGGUUCGAAAGUUGCUAGGUGAACACGCCAAAACCAUACUUCUUAUGUCAAAGGUCGAAAAUCAAGAAGGGGUGGCGAAUUUUGAUGAUAUUCUGGCUAACUCUGAUGCAUUCAUGGUGGCACGUGGUGAUCUGGGGAUGGAAAUUCCCAUUGAGAAAAUAUUUUUAGCACAAAAGGUGAUGGUGUACAAGUGCAACAUCCAAGGGAAGCCUGUUGUGACUGCAACUCAGAUGUUGGAAUCCAUGAUCAAGUCUCCAAGACCAACUAGAGCAGAAGCCACAGAUGUUGCCAAUGCCGUUCUUGAUGGAACAGACUGUGUAAUGCUCAGCGGUGAAACUGCUGCAGGAGCUUAUCCAGAUCUAGCAGUUCGUACUAUGGCAAAAAUUUGUAUAGAAGCAGAAAGUACAAUUGACUAUGCAGAUGUCUUCAAAAGGAUUACGGCAAAUGCCCCAGUACCCAUGAGCCCAUUAGAGAGCCUUGCUUCAUCUGCAGUACGAACAGCUAACUCAGCAAAAGCAUCCCUUAUUUUGGUCCUAACCAGAGGAGGAAGUACUGCAAAACUGGUGGCCAAGUAUAGGCCAGGCUUGCCGAUAUUAUCUGUGGUUGUUCCUGAGAUCAAGACUGAUUCUUUUGAUUGGUCAUGCAGUGAUGAAUCUCCAGCUAGGCAAAGCCUUAUCUUCAGGGGGUUGGUUCCCGUUCUCUGUGCAGGAUCUGCAAGGGCUUCUCAUGAAGAGUCCACAGAGGAAGCCCUGGAAUUCGCUCUUCAACAUGCUAAAACAAAAGGGCUCUGCAAGGUGGGAGAUGCUGUUGUGGCCCUACACCGCAUUGGAACUGCAUCGAUCAUCAAGAUUGUGACUGUGAAGUGA